AGACAUGCUCGCCCUUUCUGUUUCCAUGAGCUCGCGGUGAGGAGCGGCGUUUCAUACAAAACCAACAAAAGCGCUUAAAAACGAGUUAAACUACACACAGUUUAUUUAGUAGAUUUUCUGUUUGCUACUGAAGAAAAUGCGUCAAAGAGGCUCCCGGAAUUCUGCUUCGAAUCGGUCCAAUUCCAGCGAAGGCCAGUCGGGUGCCGGCUGUUUGUCCAAAGCAGCCCUGCAGGGUCUACAGUCAGAAUGUGCCGCCGUGUGGUUCGACCGCGCCGCCUUCGAGCGAGCUGAAAGCUUGUACCACAUUCGACUGCUGGAGCGUCAAAACGGCAGCAUGGCUCCCGCGAGCUCGUCCCCCCAAAACCAAGAAGCCUGUCACCAUGGAGACCAAGAGGCCGUUUGGGUCAAUAAAGCCAGCUUUGACCACGCCGAGAGUCGUUUUGCAGAACGCUCUCCGGAUCAACCGAUCGCUCCGAGAUCUCUUCAGCUGCACCCUUCCCAGCCUCCGUGCGACGAGGGCUACCAAUCACAAACGCCGACACCUCCCACACCCGCUUCAAGACCAAUCAAUGGUCCCUCGUCGUCCCUCGUGGGGGUGUGGCUACAGAAGCCGCUUUAUGACAACGCCGAGACGUCUUAUUACCAGAACUUGUAUGCUUCUAACGUCCCGAAGCCGGAAAACAACAACAAGCGGUCCAACUCCAAACGGCGAAACGGUGCCGGCGCCAAGAAGGCGAAGUCCGCUGUUUGCAACCAGCAGAAUUGCGAUGACGUCACCACCAUUAACGGAGGAGCUCAAUAUAAUUUCCUGCAUGCGGACAGUGAAAGGGUGUGGCUAGAUCGCGGUUGCUAUGCGGAGGCGGAGACUAGGUUCUACGAUGGAGCUGCGGCCCGAACUGUCAAAAUGUCUAGAAACGAUUCUAGCCAGUCUCGCAAGAAAAUGUCUGUGUCGGACUGUUUUGCACAGGAGAGGAUUUGGUUCGAUAAGCCGCGUUACGAUGAGGCCGAGCGUCAGUUUUACGAAAGGGUCAAUGGACCCACGCAACCCAAACAGGACAUUGGAGCUAACACGAUUCUUCAGGACAUCGCUAGGGCACGAGAGAACAUCCAGAAAUCUCUGGCAGGGCUGAAGACCACCUUGCAGCCAAAUAGAGGCUCCUCCCAUAAAAUAUCAAACCCCUCCCACAGCUUCUCUCCUAGCGGAGGUCCCAGCGCUGGCGAUUAUGGAGAACUCACAGCACGCUUGAAGAGUCUGGAACUGGAGAACCAGAGUCUUCACAAAGUGGUGGACGAUCUGCGUUCUGCUCUCAGUCAAAUGGAGGGCCGCGUGUCAGCGCUGGAGAAGAGAACCACGACACCCGCCGUUAACGGAACCGCUGCGGUCCAUAAAUCCACUCCAGCUCCUCAGAAAGCCGCCUCUGCUCUGGUGAACGAGGACGAUGAGGAUGACAUUGAUCUGUUCGGCAGUGAUGAAGAGGUUGAUGACGAGGCCGAGAGGCUGAAAGAACAGCGGCUGCAGGAGUACGCGGCCAAAAAAGCCAAAAAACCCGCUCUCAUCGCCAAAUCCUCUAUCCUGUUGGACGUCAAACCUUGGGACGAUGAGACCGAGAUGUCAAAGCUGGAGGAGUGCGUGCGAUCGGUGCAGGUGGACGGGCUGCUGUGGGGGGCGUCUAAACUCGUUCCUGUCGGUUACGGCAUCAAGAAGCUGCAGAUCAACUGCGUGGUGGAGGACGACAAAGUCGGCACAGACUUCCUAGAGGAGGAGAUCACCAAGUUUGAGGACUACGUUCAGAGCGUGGACGUCGCGGCUUUCAACAAGAUCUAACAAACACACACGAGGACCAUCACACACUACUGCUGCGGUUCAUUUAAAAGCUUUGGAUUUGUGUUAUUUGUCUUGUGUUGUGUGUUUAUGUAAUUGACAUUGAGCACACAUCAAUAAAUAUCUGUGAACAGAAUGACAAA